AUGCCAAGCUCCCUCCUGUGGGCAGUAGAUGUGUAUGGGAGAGUUUAUAGCCUCUCAACAGCAGGACAACAAUGGGAGCAGUGUCGUGAUGCCCACUUGGAGUUCAAACGUGUCACAGCUGUACAGCAAUGUUGUUGGGGCAUCGCCUGCGACCACAACAUAUACCUGAACGUCCACGCCAGUGACCUUCGCAUUCGAUUCCAGGAGGAGACCUACGAGAACCAGCGCUGGAACCCCGUAGACGGUUUUUCUGACAGGCUGUUGCCGAGCGACCGCUGGCAAUGGAGUGACAUCACUGGUCUUAAGCAUCAGCCUUUAGACAGUUUUCGGUUGCCCUCUGAAAACUGGGAGUGGGAGGCUGACUGGCACGUGGAUGAGAAUUUUGGAGGAGAGCCCACAGAAAAAGGGGGUUGGACAUAUGCUAUCGAUUUUCCGGCCACCUACACCAAAGACAAAAAAUGGAACUCUUGUGUCCGCCGUCGCCGUUGGAUACGCUAUCGACGAUACAAGUCCUGUGAUACCUGGGCAAAGAUCCCCUCAGAACAGACUUGCUCUCUGCCUGAUCCCUUUAAUGACAUCAGCUGUGGAGGGUGGGACAUCACAGAGGAGCCGAGAGGCCGUCUGUCCCUCUGGGCUGUCUCUCUGCAGGGAAAGGUGUGGUUCCGGGACGGAAUCCAUCAUCUGAACCCAGAAGGUUCUGCGUGGGAGGAGGUUUCCACCCCUGGGGAGGUGGUGCAGAUAAGCUGUGGGCCGGCUGACCUGGUGUGGGCGGUGCUGUGGGAGGGCCAGCUGCUGGUGAGGGAGGGGAUCGGCAGGGACAACCCCAAAGGGAAUUCUUGGCUAGUGGUGGAGUCUCCAAGUCCCGAGGUUGGUGCAAUACAUGUGGCGGUGGGAAGUAACGUAGUGUGGGCUGUCACAAAGGAUCACAAAAUUUGGUUUAGACGCGGCGUAAAUUCCCAUAAUCCACGUGGCUCGGGCUGGAUUGGGAUGGUUGGGGAGAUGGUGAUGAUUAAUGUCGGUCUUAACGAUCAGGUGUGGGCUAUCAGCCGUGAGGACAGGGCUGUGUAUUUCAGGCAAGGCGUGACCGCCAGUGAGCUGAGUGGGAAGGCCUGGAAGGCCGUGUCGGUGCCCAGGGACAGCGACCGCUCCCAUUCCAGUGCCAGCACCAGCAGUCUGCACAGUGCGGGCUGUUUCUUUGGGGGCGAGGUGCGACUGCAGUCCCAGAACUCGGUGCUGAGUGAUGUAGACUCAGACACGGAGAGGGUUUCGGCGGGAGCCCCACCCGCCCCUGAGCCGGCAGACGUCCCAAAGCCACGCAUCCCCAAAGUGACCAGCGACAGCUUCAUCUCCGAGCUCGUGUCCGAUCGCGAGGGGCAGAUCGGUAGGCGGGAGGUUCCGCCGGUAGCCCCCGGGUCCUCCAUCCCGGAGGAGGAGCAGACGGAGGGGGAGGCGGAAGACAAAGGCGAACAGGUCGCGGGGCUGUCCUCCAGCCGUUCGGGUGGGCUAGACCCCCAGUGGAGCAACGUGGACCUGCAGGAGGAGCAGGCGCAGCCGGCCGCUCCACCCGCCGCGGACGCGGCUGAUACCUGCAGCCUGUCGUCUGUCGCCACCUAUAACCUGGAGGAGCCGUACGGAGCUGACGAGCACCCCCUGUGGGCGUGGGUCAGCGGGGGAGGCUGUGCCAUCGACUCCCACUCUCAGCUAAACUGGUUUAACUCUACAGGCCUGAAUUCCUCUGUGCCGUCCAUGUCUCUGUCCAUAACGCCUGCGCAGACGGCUGCCUGGCGGAGGCAGAUCUUCGAGCAGCUCAACGAGCGGUCUAAGAGAGAGAUGGAGAAUUUCAAACAUUACGAGCAGGCCGUAGAGCAGUCUGUGUGGGUGAAGAAGGGCACCAUGCAGUGGUGGAGAGAUUGGAAACCACACAAAUGGGUGGAUGUGCAGUUUGCCUUAGAGCAGUUCUCAGGUCCGGAGGGUAAUAAGGACGGUAUUCUGUUCAUAUACUACACCUUCAACGACGAGAAGAAGUAUCUUCACGUGUUCUUAAACGAGGUGACAAUCCUGGUGCCAGUGCUGAAUGACUUCAAGCACACGUUUGCCAUUUACACAGCAGAGAGGACCAAACAGAGAUGGCCCAUACGUCUGGCAGCAGCCACGGAGCUGGAGAUGCAUGACUGGCUGGCUCUUCUCAGUGUGUCUUGCUGCGACUCCAGAGGAAUCCAAGGCCCUCCAUCGAAACAGGCCAUCUGGUCCAUCACCUGUAAAGGGGACAUUUUUGUCAGCGAACCCACGCCCAGCCUGGAGGCGUCACCCUACCCCACACCUUGCGACCAGAUGUUUUGGCGUCAGGUGGGAGGGCAUCUGCGUAUUAUAGAGUGUAAUAGUUUGGGUGUGGUGUGGGGGAUUGGCUAUGACCACACAGCUUGGGUUUACACAGGAGGCUAUGGAGGAGGUUUCUUUCAGGGGUUGGCCAGCAGCACAGACAACAUCUACACUCAGACAGAUGUGAAGAGUGUCUACAUUUAUGAGAACCAGCGCUGGAAUCCUGUCACUGGAUAUACUAACAGGGGGCUCCCUACAGACCGUUACAUGUGGAGUGAUGCCUCAGGCCUGCAGGAAUGUACCAAAGCCAACACCAAACCUCCCUCUCCCAACUGGACCUGGGUGUCAGACUGGGCUAUUGACUACGGUGUCCCAGGAGGGACAGACAGAGAGGGCUGGCAGUAUGCAGCAGAUUUUCCUGCGUCAUACCAUGGUCAUAAAACAUUGAAGGACUUUGUACGCCGCAGGCGUUGGGCCAGGAAAUGUAAACUCACCACCACCGGUCCCUGGCAGGAAGUCCCGCCCAUCUCGCUGAGUGACAUAACCAUCCUGCCGUGUGGGCCUAAAAGCACAGUGGAGCAGGUGCCCCUUUGGGCCAUUAGUAACAAAGGGGACGUCCUCUGUCGACUGGGUGUGACCUCUCUAACCCCUGCUGGGUCGUCAUGGCUACAUGUGGGCACAGAUCAACCUUUCAAAUCGAUCUCCAUCGGUGGGGUUCACCAAGUGUGGGCCAUAGCGAGGGACGGCUCUGCUUUCUACAGGGGUUCCGUAUCGGCCCAGAACCCUGCCGGAGACUGCUGGUACCACAUCCCCUCCCCAGCCAGGCAGAAGCUUAAACAGGUGUCUGUGGGGAGGACGUCAGUUUAUGUGGUAGAUGAAAAUGGAAACUUGUGGUACAGGCAGGGGGUGACACCCAGCUACCCCCAAGGCUCCUCCUGGGAACACAUCUCCAAUAACGUACGCAAAGUCUCUGUGGGACCCCUGGACCAGGUGUGGAUCAUUGCUGAUAAGGUCCAAGGCAGCCACAGUCUGAGCUGUGGGACUGUAUGUCGCAGGUUGGGCGUGCAGCCCGUGGAACCAAAGGGACAGUCUUGGGACUAUGGCAUUGGGGGUGGCUGGGACCACGUUACGGUCAGAGCGAAUGCAAUGGAGGCACCGCGGAUCAGCAUGCCAUCGCUAACCGACAAUGCCAACAACCGCACGGCGCCACGCAGUCCGGCUCCCGUCAGGAACCAGCCCGAAAUGAACGGAAACGCUUUAGGAUCUUAAAAACGGAAAACCAAUUCGGAACCGACUUGUCUAAAAAACCACCACCAUUCUCUACCGUAGCCACCGAACCUCUCUCGUUUCAGCGCAGCGUUCCAUCCAUUGGCUCUCAAAAAAACGUUCGUCGGCUCUUCCCGGAUGGAUCUGUCGCUGC